GAGGCGGCUGGCUGAGCGGCUCCCGGCGGGCACAAAGCCGCCUCCUGCCAGCUGAUCUGUGUUUUAUAUCACUUGCACCUCGUGAUUUGUGUGUCCUGUAUUUUGGGACGCCCCGAGGGACAUGUGCCCAUUUUUACCCCCUCCUUGACCCGGAAAGAAUGGAAGUGUGGUGAAAUAUGCUCCCAUGAAUUCGUGCAAUGCUCAUAUUGAUGUGCACCGGCUUGAAAUAAACUGAUGUGCACAAAUCAAAGUGUGAUAAAGGCUGGGUCGGCUGGCGGAGGCGGCGGCGGCGGCAGCGGCGGCGGUGGAGCCUCUUUCCGCCAUUACAAAGUCUGUCAUGAUACUGUUAAUGAGUUUGUUGUGUGUGUGUACGCGCCCAGGGACGAGAUUCUUUUCAAAACGGCUAGCAGGACUGACCAGAAUUAAAGUGAAAACUUCUUCAGAGUGAGAAAUGUUGAUAAUGCAGAGAAAAGUGCAAAAAUCCUAACUGCUGAGCAGAAAGCAUAAUAGAAAAAAAUAGAUACAUACAAAAGACAAAGACUUAAAAUGUUGUGUGAAGUGAAAAUGUUCUUCCGUGAGUAAUUGCGUCUGUUGCCGCGUUGUGUGAGGAGGAGCACCAAGCAUCAGGGCCACCAUGGAUCUCAGUGUGAGACGUGAUGAAGAGGAGGAAGAGGGAAGUGAGAAGUGUCCGGUAAACAAUGGCACUGUGACCCCUGUGGAGGAGGUUGUGGUAGAGCCAGAGGAGGAGCCGCAGCAGCAGCCGCAGCCGCAGCAGCAUGGGGCCACGGUGCCGCCCAGGGAAGGGGAGGGGGAGGCGGAGGGGGCUGGAGCAGUGAUGGAUCUCUCGGCUUCUGUUCCAGCUUCCAACAAGAGACUUAGAGAGGGUGAUGAAACAUCUGAGGAGUUAGGAGAGUGUGAUGCCCCGCCUGCGUCCCGGCCCAGGCUGACCGCUACACCUGAGGCCAACAACACUGCCAACCAUAUAGACGGCCACCAGACCCCAGCCGAUGACACCCCUAAGGUCAACGGGAUGAGCAAUGGUUACGAGAGUGACAGCAAUGGCAUGAACGACGUCAACGACAAUGAGGUGGAGGAGGAGAUGCCCCCGAUCCCCCCCAUCAAGGAGCUGAGCCCUGAGGAACUGGCAGAGAAGAUGAAGCUGGUCCAUCGACUGCAGGUAGAGCUUCGCAAUGAGGAGAUGAAGCUGGUACUCCUCAAGAAGGUCAGGCAGUCCCAGGUGAUGAAGGAAAAUGUGAGUACCACUGCCAAUGACACAAAGACUGCCCUCAACAAGCUUCCCUCUAACACAACGGCUACCAAGUUGGCCCCCUCGCAGCCUCCCCCUCUCAUCAAGCAUGAUCUGAGUGCCAAGGCAUCGUCUUCUGCCAUCCCUGCGCACAUCAAGGCAUCGCGUGAGUAUAAGCAGCAAGUGAAGAAUAUGUCAUCAGGUGUCACCUCUGAGUCACUGUCUCCUAGUGCACUGCAGGCUCAGAAGCAUCUGUUGGCAAGAGGGACCACCCUGACGAGCACCGGCGGAGGCAAUGGCUCGGGCAGCUCUAGCGGCAAGUCCAGCAACGGAGGCAAUGGAGGCAGCUCGGCCAACAUGCUCUCCGGCCUGCCCCCUAACCUGAACCUGCCCUUCAACCUGUCGCGGGAGGUGGAGAUCAUUCGCAAGGACUCGCCUGCCUCGUCCUCCUCCCCUGGCCCCGGCCCCCUGGACUCCCCCUCCCAGGUGUCCAUCUCCAAGGUGCGGACGUCCACCCCUCACUCCUCACACCCAUCAGCCGACCGUGCCCUCAUAAAGGUUCGCACAUCACCCUCAUGCGGCCCCUCAGCCAGGCCACUGCUUCUCCACUACCUCUCCUUACCAGUGAGCAACAGCAGCAGUAGCAGUAAUAGCAGCAAUACCAGCAGCAACCGAGUGGAUGACACCCACACGCCGGCCCAGCGCCAGGCAGCUGCUCGUCUGGCUCUGAGGAAGCAGUUGGAGAAGACACUACUCAGGGUGAGGCAGAUUUUUAUUCCACCCCCCAAACCACCUCCUCCAGAGAUGCAUUUCAUCCCUAACCCCAACAACACUGAGUUUAUCUACCUACUGGGCCUGGAGCAGUGUGUGGAGCACAUCCUACUCAAUGGCAAGAUGACGGAUCCACACCCCAUGCCCUUCAUCUGUUCUCAGUGUGGAACAGACUUCACCCCUGCCUGGAAAUGGGACAAGGCUUAUCUCAAGUCCAAAGUCAAAGGGGAGAAUGGUCGGGAGGGUAAGGUGGUGUGUGAGUUGUGUGUCACCACCAACCUCAAACAAGCCCUCAAGCAGGAGCACACCAACCGGCUAAAAGCUGCAUUUGUAAAAGCGCUUCAGCAAGAGCAAGAGAUAGAGGCUCGCAUGGCGCAGGUAUGGCCAAAGAAGGAUCAGAGACAUUACCGAAGAGAGGUCGGCAAAUCCUCGCCAAUCCCAAAUGUUUACAACCGGGAGGAUCGCCGCCGCUCAGGAGUCAUGGCAGACUCAAGUGACUUCUUGACUGUAGGAGGGAGGGGGUCGUCAUCCUCGGUUGUCAUCUUGCCACGUCAGGCAUCACCGCAACCAGAUUUAUCAAAUGCAUCAGUAUCUAUGACGCCCGUCUCAGCCUCACUACCCUCUCCCUCGGCCCGGCUGCCUGCCAGUGUGUCAGUGACAGCCGUCAAGUCUGACUAUGGCCACAGCUCCAGAAGCUCUAGCCAUCGUUCCUCUCCUUCCGUGGCUGCCCAACUCCAGCUUCAGCGGGAGCGAGAGAGACAAAAGGAAAGGGAAAGAGAGAGAGAAAGGGAAAGGGAGCGAGAAAGAGAGAGAGAAAGGGAGAGGGAACGAGAGAGAGAAAGAGAACGUGAAAAGGAGAGGGAGAGAGAACGUGAAAGAGAGCGGGAACGUGAGAGAGAGAGGGAACGUGAGAAGGAGAGACACCAACGUGAGAAAGAACAGAGGGAGAGAGAGCAGCGUGAUAGGGAACAGAGAGAAAAGGAGAUGUUCUUGCCACCAGGUCUAACCAAGCAACAAAAAGAACAGUACAUGCAAAGCAUGACAGCAGCGGCUGCAAUGGCGGCCGCCAUGUCUAAUCCAGCUGCCCUGCAACAGCUACAGGCAGCCCAGCAGCAGAUGUUAAGAAUGCAAGGAUUAGGUGCUGCUGCCGCUGCAGCGGCUGCUUCCCAACAAUUACCUGCUCACAUGCUAGCACCCUAUUUACUUGGGCCUUAUAACCCAUUUGGUCUAGGCCAGCUGCAGCAGCUUAUGGCUGCAUCUGCAGCUCAGCUAGUCCCUCCCACUUCCUCUGCUCCCUCAACUUCCAACAGUAGUAAUAGCAGCAGCAGUAGCAGCAGCAAAAGCUUAGCUCAGCAGCAGCAGCAGGAAAUAAUGCGUCAGGCUGCGGAGGUGCACCGACAGUACCUCCUGGACAUGAUCCCCUCGGGUGGCCUGCACAGCCAGCAGUCACACUCAAAGUGGAAGAGCUGAUAGGCAGGCAUGUGAGCAGCCCCACCAUCAGCCUCCACCAGUCCUGGCCAGCACUGCUGCUGCUGGUGGACAGUGGGACUACAUGACCCUUAGUGACAGUGACUCGAGUGUGUUCAGCCUAGCUCUGGCCAGCCCACCAUGUAGUGCUGUGCCUGGGCCGCAGCUGGGCCGUGCUGCACCUGGGGUUCCUAGUCACUUUAGGAUAAGGAAGCUCUCUGUGAUGUGACCAGUGGGUGAGAGGUCCAUGUGGCGCCAGCCAACCCUCGACCCCAGCACAACCAGCCGUGAUGGUCGCCCAGUAGCAGCAUCCUGCAGAGCCAGUUGGCCACUCUGGACCAGGAGUCUGAAGCUGCAGGCACUGAGGUAAAGCAUCCUCCUGAGACUUAGGGCUCGUCGAGGAGAUUACCGACUCCUGGACUGUUGGCAACAGUAGGCAACCUUCCACUGAAUUAUAGUGAAUGACAGUUAUGGUAUUACAAGACCACAUCCCUAAUUUAUUUAUGUUGUCAUUUGUUGUCCAUUAUGGUGCAAGGGAACAUCCUUUCUUCACCAUUAAUCUGUAUUGUUACAUAGUUGUAGGAUUUCGUGAGACAGUGAGCGGAGUGCCCUGCAUGGCGUGUGCUUUAGCUGUCUCCUGGCUGCAUCUAUGGGUCUCGCAUGGUCUAGUUUCAUUAGAGUAAUAGUAACACAAACGGUAAUGCAACAAACAAGGUACUUUCCCUGCACUGAUAAUUUGUUCUUCAUGUGAUAUUUUUGUUUCGACUUUCGUUCAGUACAACGGCGGGCAGACUCGCACAAAGUGACCAGUGUGCUGAUCUGGACCAGUCUGUGAUCCGCUGAGGCACAGACAUCCUUACAGUGGGAGUAGAAAGUGUCACCCAAGCAGGCAGGCAGACAGGCAGUGCACUAGUCUGUGAGCUGAGCAAUGGUGAGGCGAGGCUUAUUCAGGAACCGGGCUCCCCUCCCAGAGUUAUUUUCUUUGGUAUUGGACUUGCAAACAAACCACCACCUUCACAUUAUACUUGCCGAAGAGAUGAAUGCCAGUUGAUAAUGUACAGUGUAUCAUGUGGUGUCAUGAAUCAUUAAGUUAUUUUUUAUCAGAAGUUUGAGUUAAGUACAAAGUUUUUAGAAUAAAGUGUAGUCAGACUAAAAGUAUUGGUUGACCUUUGUUUGCACGGUUCGUACGAUGUUUUGUAAAAGUUUAUAUGCUCUGAUGUAAAAUUUGAACAAGGUUAUGAGAAGCCAUUGCUUGGGAUUUUUUUUAUAUAAAACUAUAUAUAUAUAUACAUAUAUAUUUUUAUUAAAAUAUAUUAGGGGUGUUUGGUUUGUGUACGAGGGCCUGGUGCCUGGCCUCGCUACUCUCCAGGGGAUUCCAAGUAUCUGUUCAAUUCUUAUAAUUGUCAUCACUCCCGUUUUCAUAGCCAUGGCUGAGUUUCAGAUUCAUGUAGGCUAGUGUUUUCACUUCAUAAGUAAGAUAAUAGGGCCUUUUUCAAUAAAGAAGAUCUGAAAAAUAA